AUGCCACUUCAUGGUACAAGAAAGAAUUGUGCUAGGCCAUAUGUUUCAACAAAGGGACUUGAAGUUGACAGAGCAAAAAUUGAUACAAUAUCAAAGCUACCACCGACCUAUGUCAAAGGCAUUCGGAGUUUCUUAGGACACGCUGGGUUUUACAAGAGGUUUAUCAGAGACUUCUCAAAGGUAGCUAAACCCUUAUGCAACCUGUUGGAGGACACAACAUUCAUGUUUCAUGAAGAUUGCUUAAAGGCAUUGGAAACAAUAAAGAAAAAAUUAGUUACUGCUCCAAUGAUGGCAGUACCAAACAUUUGGGAAAAGAAAGGAAAUGAGAAUGUCGUUGCAGAUCAUCUCUCACGGUUAGAAAAUGAAAAGGUGGUGGAUGAGAGUCAAAUUUGA